UGCGCUUUCUCAACGUCAACAGCAACGACGCGCUGCACAAUGUCGAGUUCACCAUCACUCUCUCUCUUAGCAGCAUCUCCAUCUACCAGUCCUCCUGUUGGUGCCACGGAUGAGGAGUGGUACUCGUCUUGGUCUCUUUUUCUGGUCUGCAUACUACUCAUUCUCAGUCUCUGGACGUCGUACUACCUCCAAAUCAAACGAAUAAGAGCUGUUCAUGAGACUCUGGUCUCAAUUUUUGCGGGCAUGGCUGUGGGGUUAAUCGUUAGGAUAGCCGGGCCAGGUUCGGUGAUGCAAGAAAUGUUGACCUUCAAACAUACACUGUUUUUCAAUCUUCUCCUUCCACCUAUUAUUCUCAAUUCGGGUUAUGAGCUGAAGCAGGAGAACUUUUUCCGCAAUUUUGGAUCAAUUCUUACAUUUGCCUUUCUCGGGACAUUCAUCUCGGCUGUAGGUGUGGGUAUACUUGUGUACAUUUACCAAUUUCUUGGGCUGGAAGGGCUUGAGCUUGGGUUGGUCGAAUGCCUUGCGUUUGGGUCGACCCUCUCAGCCACGGAUCCAGUAACAAUACUGGCUAUCUUCAAUCAAUACAAGGUGGAUCCUAAGCUUUACACCAUUAUCUUUGGUGAAAGUCUUUUGAACGAUGCAGUCAGUAUCGUUAUGUACGAGACUCUUACACAUUUUCAUGGGACGGAACAAAUCUAUGUCCAAUCCAUCUUCCACGGCAUUGGGAUUUUCCUUCUCUCCUUCAGCGUCUCUAUGGCCCUUGGCGUCGCGAUUGGUCUCAUUACCUCGCUCAUCCUCAAACACUCCUCUUUAUCCCUUUACCCUCAGAUCGAAAGUUGCCUCGUCGCGCUCCUUGCAUACACCUCAUACUUCCUUUCCAAUGGCCUCACCAUGUCCGGCAUCGUCUCUCUCCUCUUCUGCGGAAUCACACUGAAACACUACGCUUACCAUACAAUGUCCCAACGAACGCAACGUACCACAAAAUACAUCUUCGCCACCCUUGCGCAGCUCUCUGAAAACUUCAUUUUCAUAUACCUCGGAUUAACACUAUUCACUUCUGCACCCAACACGAACGAUGAGCGUGUCGGUAGCUACGUCAAGCCGCUUUUCAUCGCUAUCACCACCGUUGCAGUUAUCUUUACCCGAUAUGCAGCGGUCUUCCCUUUGUCAGGACUUAUCAACUUCUUCCUAAAGCAUGCUAGAGGCCAGCGACAAGAGGAGCUUCCGCAUUCUUACCAAAUGAUGCUGUUUUGGGCAGGUCUACGUGGUGCUGUCGGUGUGGCAUUAGCAGCCGGAUUUCAAGGAAAUAAUGCUCACACCCUACGAACGACAGUACUCGUUGUCGUCGUGUUGACCGUCCUGUUGUUUGGCGGCACAACAGCUAGGAUGCUGCAAGUGCUCGGUAUAAAAACAGGAGUCGAAGACGAAGCAGCUAGCGAGAGCGACGACGAAGAACCUUGGAUCCGCCUGGGUGGUGCCGGUCGAAGAACCGGCUGGGGAGGAUAUCGCGAUCGUGGGAGUACUGGCGAUGACCACUACUACGGAGAAGACUCGUCUUAUUUCGCCCCUGCCCAACAUUAUGCCAGAAAUGCAGCCAGAAUUGGUACCCAUUACGGUCCGAGUUAUAACCACCACCAUAAUAGCCAUACUCCACAAGAAACUUACGCGGGUGCAUUUUCGGUUGCGUCUUUGUCGGAUUCGGACUCGGAUGCGGAGAUUUUGCCUUUAGCGGGACGUGGCGCUCAUCGUUCACAGGGGAGAGAUCAACACGGAUACGGGCAUAGUAACAGUGCGCCCACGACGCCUACGGGAGGUGUUGGGGAGGGUAAUGUGUUGAAUGAGGAUGGGAAGUGGUUUCAGGCUUUGGAUGAAAGAUACCUUCUUCCGCUUUUCUCAAAUGCCACCGCGAGUAGGACCUUCCACGCAAGGCGCGCACGGAGAGGAAGAAUGUCACCAGGUGGAACACCAUCACCGGGUGGAAACCCAGGUGGUGCUGGUGUUUCUGGCGGUCGAAGCGCACCUGGGAGUGGAGCGGAGACUCCCGCUGAUAGUGACGAUGAUGGGGGUGCGGCUGGGCAAGAAGUUGAUCUUUCGGUCUUGACAAAUGGAGGUCAUCAAGGACGAUCGUCUUCUGCGGCUAUUGGAGGAGCCAUCAGGUCCGAUAGUCGUAGUAGACUUUCGAGUCCCGCGUUGAGGAAUUCACCAGUACCGUUUGAGAACAGGACGAUGUAGGGAUAGACUUUUUAUUCAGACAUAGACUUACAGGGCUUCGGGAGUUUCCAUUUUUUCGGAUAUAAACUCCAAACUUAUUACCGUAUUUCAGCACGGACAGAAAUUCAGUUUGUUCCGAGUGCAGUAG